CCGUAAACAAACAAGAUCGGUGGAAAGUAAAAUAUAAAAAUUAAGAUAGGUCAACAAAAUCAACAACAAAUUACAAGAUGUCAUCAUCAAGACACCAGCUUGGAGUUAUUGAAUACCGUACCUAAAUAACAGACGUCUGCCAGUCCCAGGACAAAAAAUCAAGAGACAAACGCACAGGAAUCAGGACGAAACCGGACAAAAAUUGGUAAAAGAACGAGUAACACCUGUACAUAAUAGAUCAGUUGUGCCUGUCAGAAGACAUUUACUACCACCUUUAAUUAAAGGAAAAGCUAAUAUUAAUCAUCUACCUGAUGAAUUAAUGUUGAAGUUAUUUGAAUAUUUGGGUGCAUCAACGUUAUUAACUGCUGCAUGUGUAUGUAAUAGAUGGCAUGGUUUGGCUACAGAAAAUUCUAUAUGGAUAAAUAUUUACAAAAAAUAUGCCAAAGUUAAAGGAAACCAAGCUGUUAAAGACUCAAAGCUACCUUUGUCUUACUGGAAAAAUCUUUGUCUAAAAAGAUGUUCGGAGGAUAGAAAUAAAAGUAUUUUGAAAUUAAUGAAAAAAACUCAUCCUUUUACUGGUUUACCAACUAAUACAAAACUGGCAAUGACGAAAUCUGGUAUAUAUUAUCAUCUGAGAAUAAUUGAUCGUAACGGACAAGAAUCUAGUUGUAAAUCAGCUGGUAUAUUUUGGCACAGUAUGUCGGUAUGUGUUAGAUGGUAUAAUCUACAGACAGUUCCGUUAAAAAAUAUACGUAAAAUACAAAUCUUAUCCUGUAACCCGUUAUUUUUUGAUAAUAGUGGAACAGCUAUAAAUAACAGUCCUUAUCAAAGAUCUUUAUUAACUGAGUGCAGUUUUAAAUGGGAAGUCUGGAAGAGAGAGAAUAAAGCUAUAAAAGAAGACGAGAAUGUCCAGUUGUAUCGUCUAUCUGAUGAUAUAUUAAUUGCUACAUGGAAGGCUGAUGAGGAAUUAGCUUUUAUUGUGACAGGAUUUCAUCAAGAGAACUUGGUUAAAAGAUGUUUACUGGGCUCCUCUCAGAUAAUGUAUGAAUUACCGGAACAUAAAGUAAUCCUUGAUGAUAUAGACUCAAGUUAUGGUUUACAUCAUUAUACAUGUACUGUAGAAAUACGUAAUAUGAGGCAAUCAAUAUGGAGUCAACAGUUUCAGAGUAUCGAAUGUAAAAAGGAAAAUAUUGAGAAUAAUGUAUGUAAGUUUGUUUUAAUGAGAAGAGAUAGGGUUAUAGAUAGAGUUACUGUUGCUAAGGAAAUAGAGUUACCAUGGAAAACAGAUCUAUUUAAAGGUGUUGUCAAGGAUGUCUGCUGGCUGGAUAUUACGUUACUGGAUGAAAGAGGUGAAGUGUUCUGGACAACCAGUUGUCCAGUUUAUGCAAGAACUAAAGAGACAGUUAGAAGUAUUGCUAUGGAUUUUGAAUAUGAUAAUGAAUCUAAACUAGAAAUAGUUCAUCAAGAAGAGAAUGUUGAUGUUUUAAUAGAAUUAAAUGAAAUGGAUGAUGGUAAAAGAUUUAUAACACAUCUUGAAAUAAACGUUGACACACAGAUGAUUGACAGCUGGUUCGGUACAUCGUAUACACCACCAAUACCUAAAGAUAAACUUAAAAAUAAACUUAAAAAUAAAUAAUAUUGUAUGAUUUAGAGAUACAGAUUGUCCAUGCAACCUGUGAUAUAAACAUACACAGUAAUCACAACCUCUGUGAUAUAGACAUAAACAAUAAGCACAAACCUCUGUGAUAGACAUAAACAAUAAGCACAACCUCUGAGAUAUAACACGCACAACCUUAAAAAUUUAUAUAUUGCUUAAAACUUGGCUAUUGAGGUGGGUAUAGGCAAUGCAGUUUGCUAUCAAGGAAAUUAUACCUAGACAGCAACACUUCCUGCCUUUUUACUUUAUGUGCAUGCCAAUUCGUACAAGACUGGACGCAUUUCCUCUGACAUGCAGAAUCCAGACUGGAAGUUCCUGAGGAACUUUCUCAGCCAAAGCUAGGAAGGAAUCUGGGACCUCCAGGUUAAUGGGCCUGAUACAUACCCACUUAGGCACUGUGACUCCCAGAUUUUAUACAUUAAAGGUGUUUUCUAUGUAGAUCAAUUGUUAGCUAUUUUAACUUCUCACAUAUCAGGUGUUCUAGAUGCUAACUAUGGCUGACAUAUUGGAGUUUAUAUUGUUGGAGUUCAGAAGCCAAUGCAAAGUGGUAGUUGGACAAUAGUGUGUAACAGAGAGUAUCUUAUGGAUCUGUGUUUGUGACAACUGUAAUAAGAUUAGAUUGGGCAAGACUUGUCUUUUACCUGUAAGCAGCAAAAUAUCUGUGAUUUUCUGUUUUUGUGAAUUAUUUCAUUGUAAACAGCAAUUUCCCCGCAGGUUCUGAUAUAGUAAGCUAUACAUCACGACACGCACAGAGUUUCAUCGUAUCCCGGGAUUUUAUGAUUUAGCACAAAAUAAGCUAUUUUUCCGGUGUGCAAAAUGACCUAUGGGUCUGAUCCAGUUAUGGUCAUUUUCCAAAGCCCUCGGUCCCGACUGGCAUAUACAGCCGACAUGGAACCCAUGGUCCACACCAUUUUAUGAACUACCGAUAAUUGAAAACAUUCAAUUUGUUAUACAUUCCAUCCAUAUCUAUAUACACCACACACCACGGUUACAUUGUUAUUAUAUUAUAUAAUAUUUGUAUUGAUAUCUUGUAUGUCUACAUAUAAUAAGUUUGUUAUACAUUCCGUCCAUAUAUAAUAAAUUUGUUAUACAUUCCGUCUGUCCAUAUCUAUAUACACUACGAUUACAUUGUUAUUUUAUAAUAUAAUAUUUGUAAUGAUAUCUUGUACGUCUACAUAUAAUAAAUUAAAUGUUAUUGUUGAAUUUUUGUUGUA